CUUCAUUUUGAUGCUUUCCUUUCCAGGAGGUCAUACCCAACACCUUAGACUGUUUCAGAAAAGCAUUCAAAGCACCAUGUCAUCUCGAUCUAUAACCAUAGUGUCCUCUGGACGGAGCACAGGGCUCCACUACAAUGGAAGGGGGAUGAGGAUGCACGACACUCAGCUCUCCUCACAGCCCAAACUCUCGCAGGAGGAGGACAGGGAGUCUGGCAUUGGCUCCACCCUUGAUCUCUGCAGCACCUCUGAGGGCCAUAACCAACAUGCCCAUCACCACUCCAGCAAACCUACAUUCAGGGAGACAGACAGUCUCCCGAAACAGAAAGAUAGCUCUCUGCCGAUCACAGCGGUGAGUCAGAACAAGACCGGGCAGCUCCUUAUCAAUCUAUCCAAGAUCCCUCUCCUCCUCAUCCUCUUGUUCCUCUUUGUCUGCUCCUUGGACACGAUGAGCUCUGCCUUCCAGUUAGCAGGGGGUAAAGUGGCAGGGGGCAUUUUCCAGGACAAUGCAGUGCUCGCUAACCCUGUGGCAGGGCUGGUGGUGGGGAUCUUGGUUACGGUGCUGGUCCAGAGCUCAUCCACCUCCACCUCCAUUGUCGUCAGUCUGGUGGCCUCCGGAUUGCUAGAGGUGAGGUUGGCUGUUCCAAUCAUCAUGGGGUCCAAUAUUGGGACUUCAGUCACGAACACCAUAGUGGCCAUGAUGCAAGCUGCCGAGAGGACCGAGUUCCAACGGGCCUUUGCUGGGGCAACGAUCCACGACUGCUUCAACUGGCUGUCGGUGCUGGUUCUGCUGCCGCUGGAGGUGGCGAGUGGCCUCAUGUCCCAGCUGUCGUACCUGUUGGUCACCAGCUUCAAGCUUCAACCAGGGAAGGAAGCCCCUGAGAUGCUCAAGGUCAUCACCAAGCCAGUGACCAAGCUCAUCAUACAGCUAGACAAGUGUGUGAUCACAGAGAUCGCCAUGGGGAAUGAGGACAUGAGGAACAGGAGCCUGGUGAAGGAAUGGUGCCAGACUGACCUUGUUACGUCCACUGGCAAUUUGAGCACUGCAAACUGCGGCCUCAGUCAUGGCAUGUCCCAAUCAUCACUGAAGUGUAGGCAUUUGUUUGUGUCCACCGGCCUGUCGGACCUCACAGUGGGCCUGAUUCUCCUGGCAGGCUCUCUGGCUGUCCUCUGUACCUGUCUGCUGCUGCUGGUUAAACUGCUCAACGCCCUUCUUAAAGGCCAAGUCGCAAAGGUCAUCCAUAAAGUCGUCAACACAGACCUGCCUUAUCCAUGCGGGUGGCUGUCAGGAUACAUGGCCAUGCUUGUGGGUGCAGGGGUAACGUUUGUGGUCCAGAGUAGCUCUGUCUUCACUUCAGCCAUGACUCCUCUAGUAGGUAUUGGUGUGAUCAGCCUGGAGCGAGCCUAUCCCCUCACUCUCGGGUCCAACAUCGGCACCACUGCCACAGCCCUGCUGGCAGCUCUGGCAAGUCCGGGAAAUAAGCUAGCAGCUGCCAUACAAAUUGCUCUGUGUCACCUCUUCUUCAAUGUCUUUGGUAUCCUGCUGUGGUAUCCUCUUCUUUUCACACGCCUGCCGAUAGCGAUGGCUCGUGUCCUUGGUGAGCGCACUGCCAAGUACCGCUGGUUUGCAGUCUUGUACCUCCUCCUUUGCUUCUUGCUCCUGCCGUCGCUGGUGCUGGGCCUCUCGCUGGCAGGCUGGCGAGUGAUGGCUGGCGUUGGGGCUCCGUUCCUGGGUGUGACCGUCUUCAUAGCCAUGGUAAAUGUGAUGCAGGCCCAUAGCCCUCGCUAUCUGCCCACGAAGCUCCAGAGCUGGGACUUCCUGCCCAAGUGGAUGCACUCUUUCAAACCGCUCGACCGGCUCAUCACGAAGGCAACUGUGUGCUGCGGCUCUGCGUACCAGAAGGACCCGGGAGAAGAAGAAGAAGAGCAUAUAUCAACACAGGCGACCUCUGUCAACACGCAGAAAGAGUCCACCCUGAGGAGGGCACAGCUGGUUUAUGACAACCCAGCCCUGGACUACCUGGAUGAGAGCAGGCCAGGUGUGAAGGUGCUGAUUUUGAAAGGGUUACAGCGGUGCAACAGCACUCCACUCUAGUCAAACUGAUCAAACUUUUCAACUGAAUUGUGUCAGUAUUGAGGGAAUAGAUGGGUUGAAAGAAUGACAUUUUGUAAUUGCUUAAAAAUGAACUAAUUUCUGAUUAUUGAUUGAUUCAUAUGGCCUCCCAAAGCCAGGCUAAAUAUCAUGAGCUCAGUAUGAUAUCUGCUGAUGAAUAUUAGUUUUUUUUGUGAGGAACUUUGAAACUUAAUUAAUGAUGAACUACAUAAACGGAGCAUACACUGUAGCAUAAUAACUGUUUUAAAGAUACAUUGUUUUUGCCCACUAGUGAUGCUGGAGCAAUGUUUUUGUGAGUGUGUCCCCAUUUUGUUUCAGCGAAAAAUUUAGCAAUGCGUCAGCAAAGGCAGUGAUGUUAACAUUGAUGUCAAUGACGCAGAAUGGUUUUAAUUGUAAUAUUGUUUCCUUUAACUAUCAAACAUUUUUCUUUGUGUGCAGAAAAUGUAUUCAGAAACCCGUUUCAGUGGAUCAUUUUGCACAUUUGACAACAUUUGCAGAACAGCCAUGUUCUCCAGUCAAUAACAUGUGCAGUCAUGUCUACAAAGGCUUUAUGUUAGAGUGAGUAUAAACCGAAGGAUUCAGCAGUCCUGGCUGCAAAGUUCAUCCAUUUUAUGGUCUUUCUUUUUUUUCUCCAUGAUUUUGUGUCAAGAUCAGGCGGACAGAAAGAUUGUUGCCCCAAAGUUGAAUGAUAAUGAAUCGUGUUAUGGAGUGUAAACACACAUCAUUAUGUUACAUUCCAUGUAGUCAAGUGCAUUUGAGCGCCUGAAUACACACAGCCACUACAAAGGAUUCAAAUGAUCAUAAUGUUAGCUUCUUGAUGUUAUCUACAAAUAAGUGUGUGUCUGUGUGUGUGUGUGUGUGUGUGAGCUGUAGUUGUUGGUCUCUAUGCUUGUUUAAGUGGGACAGAAUGCACAAUCGGGAGGUGUUAUUGAAUGUGUGAACGCGUGCUGUUUUCUCUGUUGCAUUGUAACAAUUGAUCGUGCGUUAAAGAAAUGUUGAUUCCCUGCCUGAAAUCUGAAGAGGAUAAAGUCUGACUUUGAA